AUGGAGCUAGAUAGUUGGUUCGAUGAGUACGCGGGUGGACCGGCUGGUAGUAAGUUCAUUGCUUUAGAGGUAUCAGACCAUGAAGACGAUUACGAUUCUUCGACAGAAUCUAUCGCACCAGCCAAAGAGGUGGAAUGCGAAGCAGGGGUGACUGCAGAAAGUGUGCAAAGCCCUGUACAGAGCCCAGUGCAAACACCAGUACAGUCGCGCAACGUAUCACGCACACCAUCUCAGAAGCCCGCACGGAGCAGUGAGCCAUCUCUUCUCAACUCUGCGUCCGCAAAAACAUCCAAACGGUGGUCGCUGAUCUCCAACAGCUCCAAGAAAAGGUGGUCAUCGGUGUCGUUUGCAAGCGAAGAGCGACGUGUAAGCCCGUCCACGUCAUCUAAAAAACGACGUUCUGUUAUGUCAGUGACCAGCGAGAACGAGAAGCGGAUGUCAACGGCGAGCGUGCAAUCGUCGAUCGCCUCGCUGAAAAGAUCAUCCACGGGCGCCUCGUUGAGACAGAUGUUUGGAAAAAUCGCCAUAGGGGAUGAAGAAAAAGAGAACAACAGCAGUAGUAAGUUACCGUCAGGUCGCUCCACGUCUCGUCCCAACUCGCGAGCGUCGUUGCAACCACUCAAUGCCAACGUUUGCAAUACAAUGAGCCAGAGAAAGUCAUAUUUGGCAAGCUCUCCUUCUAUGGACAAUGUGAGCGUUAUUUCCGGCGCCAGCGUCUCAUCAGUGUCUUCGAAGUGGAAAUUCUGGAAGAAAAAGUCCGAUUCGGAAAGCAGUGAGGUGUCGCAGGCAUAUUCUGGGCCUACGAUUAGACAUCAUGGAUCAAGAUCUUCGCUCAAGCAUAAGUCAUCUCACUCAUCGCUACAGAAGCUUAAAUCACAUCGCAAUUCAGUCGCUAGCGAGUCCAUCUCUUUGCCCAUGCCCGAUCUACUUUCGCGAGACAAGCUUCGCAUGAAGCUAAGGAACUCGACAUCUUUGAUGUCGUUAAACUCUAGCGUGAUCACGGAAGAAUUCGAUGAGUUACAAAUUUCACAACUAUUGGAGCUCUGCGGUCAGAAUCACCCACUCCCGAUCGAGCAGGUUGUGCCCACCUGGUCAACAUUGCAAAGACUUUCAACACAUGUCUUCCAGGGGACGGAUUCAAUAUUCAAGAUCUUGCCGCUUGGCCAAGAUGAUUUCACUCAUAGCAAGAACAUGCGCUUGAAGGAACUCAAGCUUUUGAGACUUUUCAACGGUACACCGGGUUUUACCCAACUGAUAGCCUGCCACUUGGCAUUAAUUCACGGCGAACCAACCCUUGUUUGCGAGCUCAGACAUGCAGGAAUUUCUCUUGCUGAUACCAACUUUUCGUCUUGGGCUAAAGUUCUGAACGUUUGGUGGCAAUGUGCCGUGAUUGUCUACGCAGGUGAAACCAAGUUUCAAUUCGAACACCGUGAUUUACAGCUUGAACAUGUUCUAGUUGAUCAUCACGGAAAUGUAACAAUUUGUGAUUAUAAACUUUCGAGGGCAUCUCAAGGUUCUUUCACCUACUAUACACGUUUGGAUCACCCUCUAUUUUUCCAAGGACGUGGUGAUUACCGUUACGACGUUUACAACACAAUGAGGCACUGGAGUUCCGAUUCGCCUGCCCGAUUCAACCCUCGCAACAAUUUACUCUGGCUGCAUUAUAUUGGCGUCAAGCUUCUCAAGCAACUAAGUCAUGUACCUUCAGAUCAAAGCCAUGCCGAGUUGAGAAAACUAGUUGCUUUGGUAGAUCCAUACCGCCGCAAGAGAAGCAUUUUCCGUCGCAGUGACGAUAUCUCCAAUUGUGGAGACCUCCUUAGAUUGAGGAGCUGA